CUCUUAGCUCCCUGUCCUCCAGACAAUGUUACGGUGAAGCUGAUGGCGAUGCAGAUGAAGAUCCAGGUGUUGCGCUUCUCCUGGACAGAGGUCACCUGUAACGACACAGAGUAUAUCCUGAAGUUAAGAGGAAGUCUGCUGGGAGACAGCCAGGCCCAGUUUGAUCUCUCAUCCUAUUGGACAAGCACAACGUACUUUGAGAUUCCUCUCCCGUGCGGUUCAGCCUACUCUGCCACAGUAGAGAGCAGGAACGCUGCCGGGACCAGCAACCCGUCAGUGGCUCUCAACGGUACAACAGCUCCUUGUCCACCAUCAGGAGUGGCGUACAGCGGGAACAGCUCCUUUGCGACAGUUUUGUGGAACGCGUCCGUGUUCGCCACCACAUUCAGGGUGUACGACAACAGUGUGAAGCCAAGAGUCCAGCUGUGCAGCACCGCAGGGCUGUCCUGCUCCCUGACCAACGUCACUUCCACUAACAUUGGGAUCACAGCUGGCAACACAGCUGGAGAAAGUCAAGCGACAAGUGUGCCAAUUGUAGUAUCUAAUCGCAGGAGGAGAGAUCUCAGUGUAAAAAGGCCAGAGACAGAGAAUGGAGGCCUCUCAGCUCCCGUGCUGGAUGUCAAACAAGCGACGUCAACAGUGAUUUUCGUUGAGUGGUCUCAAAUAGAUACCGCCACCCAUUACAGUGUGAGGAUCAGGAAGCAAGGCAGCUCCAGCGAGCCCGAGGAGAUGAGGGUGUACGGCGAGAGCAUCGUUCUCACUGACCUGAGCCCAAACUCCAUCUACUGUGUCCGGGUGUCAGCCAGAAACUCGGCCACUAGUGGACCACAGUCAGAGCCUGUGUGCGUGCAACUAGGAGAGGGCCUCCCCCAAUAGUGUUCAGGUCUACAUGGAUCCUGAUUAAAAUGGGAUGGUCUUUGUAAAGUGGCAGCUCUUUUUACAUUUAAGAAUGACAAAUCAUUUCCCAGUUAGCCAUAACACAUAAUGUCUGGUAGAACAUAG